AUGUUAUCUUCCUCACCGAACUUUCGGUUGCACUUUGCGACUGCUUGGAUGUGUGUCCUUACCACCGCGUGGGCCUUCAAGACUGGCGAUUUCCCCUUCGAGCUGGUCAAGUCCACGAAUUCGACGAUUACCAGGGAGGCGAAUGAGAUCAUCGCAAAAAAUAUGGCCGCGGACAUGGGCAUAAUGAAUGACAUACCCGACCCAGCACUCAUGACCGAGAACACGACAGACGACGACAUCAACGUGACGAGCGAGAAUGCGACAAGCGAAAAUAAAACCAAAGGCAUUGGUGGGCUUGGGAGGACCCUUGAGUUCAUGAUGCUGAAGAUCACUCAGCUUGAGACGCUUUGCGAGUUGCAGCAGGCCGAGAUCAAUUCACUCAAAGGGACGGUGAAGGAGCACCUGAAGGCCGAUCACAAGGACAGCACGGUGACGCUGCUGCAGAAGGAUCCAGAAGCCCAACUCGAGGAGGCACAAGCCACCCUCCGAGGGGUGCUGAAGAAGCACUCGCACCAGUUCCACAAGCGAGAAUUCCAUCCGAAACCCGGACAAACCCAGGCACCCGACUCUCCGAAGGCCAAACAAACCCAGGCUGAGUUGCUUCAGAAGCGCCGAAAAGCCAAAGCCGACCAGGAGGAUGCCUCCUUGGACGGAAGCGUGUCCUCCAAAAUUCCCAUUGUGGGCGAUGUGAUUGACGCGGCAAAGGAUGCAGCCGAAAAACUUGAUGGAACAGGCCUUAUCGGGGAUGCUCUGGGGGAUGCUUACGAACUGGCUUCGGACAAGGUCGAGUUCGUGAGACGGACGACCAUCGACACCGUGCAAAUGGCCAUGGACAUCCUUGUCCGUGGUUUCACCGACUGGCGCGCGUGGUGCCCAAGCUCACACGGCCCGUCAUUGUGGAAGAACAACCAUCACUGGGGCGUCAACUUCGGGAACCAGAGAUGCGUUAUCCGACUCAUGGGCCAGGAGACCGAGCUGUUCAACUUCAACUGGGGAUGGAGGUUCCUUAGUUGGCCAUCGCACCUGAAGUCGGUCGCAGAAGGAAAAAUCGUGGAUAUUAUGCCAUAUCCCUUACGGAUGGUGGCGCAUACGCACCAUGAGGCCAUGAGGACCGUGUUCAGUGUCGGAUGGGAGCUCAUGCAUUGUCCCCACCGCGGGCAUCACCAUCAGCUGAUUCAGUGCUUGGGACGCUGGAUCAUGCAUUUUGCGAACCCUCUGCACUGGAUGCCACACCCAGUGAAGACGCUCGCAAAUGGACGCAUCCUCGAUCUGCUGCCCAACCCAGUGAAAUCAGUUGCGCAGGGAAGAAUUCUCGAUCUGUUGCCCAGCCAAGUGAAAUCAGUUGCGCAGGGAAGAAUUCUCGAUCUGGUCCCUGAGCCAGUCAGGAAAGUAGCGGAUGGUAGAAUCAUGGGCCUCCUGCCGGAUGCACUGAACAAAGUUGCGGGCGGCAACAUCAUGGGCCUCCUGCCAGAUCCGCUGAACAAAGUUGCGGGUGGCAACAUUAUGGACCUGCUGCCAGGUCAACUUCACCACAUUGCGCGUGGCAACAUCAUGGCCCUCCUGCCAUGGCAACUUAACAAAAUUGUCCAUGGCAGAAUCAUGCACCUCCUGCCGGAGCCAGUGCAGCUCAUAGCAGGUGGCCAGGCGGACUCCAUCAGAACAACGCUCACGCUGGGCAACGAGCUCAUGAAGUGCGCCAAUCCGACUUCGCAAGGUGACCUGGUCCAGUGCCUCGGCUUCAAGAUCGUGGGAAGCGUCCCUCCGCUGAACUUCUUGAAUCGCCUGGGCGACAUCUUCAGCGAGUUCAUCGAGGCCUUCGCGAAGGUCGCCGCUACAGUGGCCACACAGGCCAUGAAGGGCGGACAGUCUCUGCUGCAGGUGGCUGCCACGACCGAGUUCCCUUCUGCCGAUUCUCCACCCAUGGUGCACCAUAGAGGCCCCAACCUCCUCAUCACGAAGCACUCGCAGCACGCGCCCAGUGGACAAGCCGAGUUGUUGCAGGAGAUGGCGGCCGCGAAGGCACAGCGUGGCGACGAUGAGGAGCCUCCAGCCGCAGUCAGCUGGGACUUUGAGGACCAUGGGCCCAAGACCACAGCAUUGGUGACCCAGUUCGAUGGCAGGGAGACCGCCACGGGAUCCUGCCUGGCCUUUGCACCAAGGGACAAGACCGGCAGCAACAACCAGGCUACUCAAAAAGACUGGCAAGCGCCAACUGAGGACGACUUCGUGAAGCUGGAGCCUUGGGCGGUGCCGUGCGGCAACAAGUGGAUGAAGGACAAUUGGAACAAGUGGCAAGGCUAUUCUUUCUACACGGCGGACACGCAAAUCGAGAGGUGUGUGACCGUGACCUUCAAGUUGAACAUGCAGCCCGUCGUUGCCUUUGUCGGUGGCAUCCAGUUUGACUUGCUGCCCGGGCCUUUGGCCGAGGUGGACAGCCAAGUGUGUUGGCCGAAAAAUCAGCCGGGCGGGCUCGACCUCAGCGUCUUGCGCUCUGAGAUCAAGUCCAACAACGUCAUGCUCUUCAGCCGGACGCUCCGCCUGGCCAAGCGCUUCGGCAAAGACACGCACUUCGUGACGGACAACAUCAAUGGCGGCCAUCAAACCGCUCGAAGCUACUUUGCUGUUUCAGACACAGGCUCAGAGAGCGGGACUGGCAUGGCUUCCAUGAAACGGUCGGCUCUUCUGGCAAGCAACCACAGCAAGGCACGUGCACAGACUCAGUUGGAGAAGUCGCUGUACUGGAAAGAGCAGGAAGACGACUUGUACUUGGCAUCAGUCGAAUACGGGAAGGAUCUGGGCAUCAACAAGACCUCCGAGCUGCGAGGGCAAGAAGCUCGGAAGCGCAUCAGCGCCAUGGAGUCCGAAUCCGAGGCCCAGUCGGCAGCAAACGUCUUCAAGCUCUUCAGCUUCAAGAAUGCUGGUGUGGUCAACUUUGAGGUCAAAGGCCUGCUCUCGGGCAACUGGAUUCAGCUUGGACUGCAGAUGGGCUUCGGCCCCUACCAGAGCCCAGAGACGACGAUCCCCUUGGUGAACAUCGCGGAUCAGUUCGCCCUCAUCUUGGCCGCCAUGCCCGACGAGCUCGUGUCAUGGGAGAGCAGGUCCCGGGCCAUCGCCGCGCUCAAGGACUUCACCAGUGCGGAUGUCCAAGCGGUGAACAGCAAGGCCAAGCAGGUGAAGGUUGCCGAUGACAGCAAGGAGGGCAAGGAUGGGAACAAGGAUGGGAGCUGGUCCUUCGACGUCAACUCACCUCCUCUUGGCUCGGGCACGAAGCGCCCUGAGCCGCUCGAGGAGGGGUUCCUCCCUGAGUGCCAGGGGCAGCUUGUGGAGGGCGGCUCAUGCUCGCACUUGCAGGAGGCAGACUGCGACAGUCGCUACGUGACGGUGGAAGUGGCAUAG